GGCGCAUUCAUGCAACCAGCGGCGGUGGCCUCGGAGCGCGGCGGGGCCAGACUGUGAUCACGUCGUCCGGGCUCCCGGGUCUCUCCUCUCCAGCUCCGUGCGUCCCGGGGCCGCCGCGCGCCAUGCGCCCCCAGGGCCCCGCCGCCUUCCCGCGGCGGUUGCUUGGCCUCCUGCUGCUCCUGCUGCUGCAGCCGCGGGCGCCGUCGAGCGCCUCCGAGACGCCCAAAGGGAAGCAAAAGGCUCUGCUCCGGCAGAGGGAGGUGGUGGACCUGUACAAUGGCAUGUGCUUACAAGGGCCGGCGGGGGUGCCUGGGCGAGACGGGAGCCCCGGGGCCAAUGGCAUCCCUGGUACCCCCGGGAUCCCAGGUCGAGAUGGAUUCAAAGGAGAGAAGGGGGAAUGCCUGCGGGAAGUCUUCGAGGAGUCCUGGACGCCUAACUACAAGCAGUGUUCAUGGAGUUCACUGAAUUAUGGCAUAGAUCUUGGAAAAAUUGCUGAAUGUACAUUCACAAAGAUGCGUUCGAACAGUGCCCUAAGAGUUUUGUUCAGCGGCUCACUUCGGUUAAAAUGCAGAAGUGCAUGCUGUCAGCGUUGGUAUUUCACAUUCAAUGGAGCUGAGUGUUCAGGACCUCUUCCUAUUGAAGCCAUAAUUUAUUUGGACCAAGGAAGCCCUGAAUUGAAUUCAACAAUUAAUAUUCAUCGCACUUCUUCUGUGGAAGGCCUCUGUGAAGGCAUUGGUGCUGGACUAGUGGACAUUGCUAUCUGGGUUGGUACUUGCUCAGAUUACCCGAAAGGAGAUGCCUCUACAGGGUGGAAUUCGGUGUCUCGCAUCAUUAUUGAAGAGCUCCCAAAGUAAAUCCUUUCAUUUUCAUUCCCUACCUCUUUUUUAUUAUACCUUUGAAUGGUUCACUUUAGUGUGACACCUUAGAUAAUUUUUAUGUGUACUUUGCUGUUGUUCAGUGGCUAAGUCAUGUCCAACUCUUUGCCACCCAUGGACUGCAGCACUCCAGACUUCCCUGUCCUUUAUUAUCUCCCGGAGUUUGCUCAGCGUCAUGUCCAUUGAGUCGGUGAUGCUCUCUAACCAUCUCAUCCUCUGCCUGUACUUUUCCUUUUGCCUGUACUUCUGAGUGAAAGAACAUGACUAAAUGUGUUUACAGACCAAAGUGUGAUUUCACACUGUUUUUAGAUCCAGUAUUAUUUGUUUUCCUUCAAUCAAAAUUAUAGUUUUGAGAUUUUGUAGUUAAUUAAAACACUUUCUUCAUUUUCCCAUUCCCUAUACCUGUAAUUUGAAAUGUUAUUAUGGUCUUCAUUUCUUUCCUGUUCUCUUAGUAUAGCACUUUUUAAAAUAUAAAAGCUACCAGUCUUUGUACAAGUUGUAAAUGUUCAGAAUUGUUUUAUAUCUGUGAAAUAAAACUUAUUUCAAACAA